ACAAUCCUAAGUAAAGUUUCCUUUUUUUCUUUCAUUGUGGAUAUGAAAGCUAUCCUCAUUUCCCUAUGGCCAUUCCUCUUUCUUUAUGCCUCCACCACCCUCCAAACCCUCACCAAAACCCCACGUCCGCCGUCCCUCCGCCCACCACCGUCUGCUUUCCGGCGUCUUCUACUUUGAAUUCCCAAUCCAAGAGGCAUUUCAUCCUCAAAACAGCUUCACUCUGUCUAAUUUCUUUCUUUCCAAAAUGCCCAGUUGUUCAAUCUUCUGAAAAUUCUCCAACUUCGAAACCUGGCCUUCCUGCUAUAGCAAACACCAAAUCUUGGUUUCAGUUCUAUGGCGAUGGGUUUUCCAUUCGGGUGCCUCCUCAGUUUGAAGACCUCACGGAGCCUGAGGACUAUAGUGCUGGACUCUCUCUUUAUGGAGAUAAGGCCAAAACAAAAACCUUUGCAGCACGGUUCGGGUCUCCUGAUGGCUCUGAAGUUCUAAGUGUUGUCACUCGUCCGACGAAUCAACUUAAGAUCACCUUUCUAGAGGCGAAAGACAUAACUGAUAUAGGUUCCUUGAGGGAGGCUGCAAAAAUCUUUGUUCCAGGCGGUUCAACUUUAUUUUCUGCCCGAACGUUUAAAAUUAAGGAAGAUGAAGGCUUCAGAACUUAUUACUUCUACGAGUUUGGGAAGAACGAACAACAUGUUGCAUUAGUAGCAACUGUUAAUAGUGGACAGGUGUUUGUUGCUGGAGCAACUGCACCAUUGUCCAAAUGGGAUGAAGAUGGCAUAAAACUCCGUUCUGCUGCCAUAUCUUUAACAGUGUUAUAAUCAAUUGUUGAUAAAUUUCAUUUCAUUAGCUUGUGAGUACUCCCUAAGACUUAACUCUCAUGUAUUCGAUAGCAUAUAAAAUCUAGGACUAUAAUCUAGGCUAAAAUCUUUGUAAUCUAGACUAAAUUUUUUGUAAUUGUGAGCCUGAAAUGAAAUUCCAUUUAAUAUAACUAGGUCUUUUUGUAA